UUUUUGUCUGCACAAGUAUGCCUGAUCGCGGGCAAUGUGCUCGCUAUUAUGUCUAGACUGGAAAAAGGGUUCUUAUUGAAUACUCAAAAACAGCAAGAAUUGGUAUAUUAUGAUGGGAAUCUGUUUCCUGUUUGCAUGGCAUAGAUGAAUGUAGCAUUAUGGGAACAUUCAGAAAGUUAAUGGUGAUCGCUGAGUCUAAGUGCAUGCCAUUCCCUAUGCAUCAAGUCGACUACACAUCGAAUAUUUGAUCAAGAAAGUUGAGAAGAAAAACAAGUUAGAAUCUUGUUUAUAAUACUUUUUGUGUCGUUUUAACUAAUGAUGGUUUUUGAAACAGUGGUUUCUUUUUGGGAAGAACCCAGAAAUUAACAAACAGGGAGGUUAUUUGUUGAGAUGAUGUCAUUCCCUUUUCUUAGUCUUAAACUAUUACCUUAACAGGCCAACACUACCUUUUCUGACUUCUCUGACGCCUCCACCAUUGUCCUUUCCACUCUCUUCAUACCUUUGUUUUUACACCCUUUCUCAGCAUUCCCUUUUCUUUGCUUCUUUCAAUUCUCAAUUGGGAUUUUUCUGUGAUUCACUAGUAAGAAUCACUUCCGUCUGAUGAAGUACUGAUACUGCUCUACUCAAAGAGCAUUUCUGCUAUUUUCUUUCUGUAAAUGCAGGGAAGAAUAAAUCAGCUUCAAGCUGUUGGCUGGCACUCGGAAUGCUGCAUGCUGGUUUUUUCUUAUUGACAACAUAUAUGAAUUGAUCAUAGUGCCUCUAAAAAUCCCACAGAAAUAUGAAAUCCCAAAACUUUGAUCUUGAAGCAGAGCCCUCCACAGAGAAUGAUUCAGAUGUCAGUAGCCAAGUUGCUUCCAACAUAUACAUCCAAGAUAGACUUACUGACUUCAGGCAUGAAUUGAAUCCAGUAAACAUUCAAUUGAAUUCAGAAUCCACCUCCCUCGACUUAUCUCUCAACUUCAGAUCAAACAAGAAUCAGUUGGACUACAACAAAUCCAUUGGAUUUCUGAUAUCUAACAGAAGUGGAAGUUGGGACGAACCCACAACCCAAACUAAAAAAGUUGUUCCUUCACGAUCCUUUUCGUGCAAUUUCUGCCAACGUAAGUUUUUCAGUUCACAGGCACUUGGGGGUCACCAGAAUGCACAUAAGCGAGAAAGAAAUAUGGCUAAAAGGGGUACACAAAUGGGUAUUUUUUCCGAUAGGUGUACUAGCGUAGCAACUCUGCCUUUGCAUGGGUCUCUAUCCCGAUGUCUAGAAAUUAAAGAACAUUCUUCAGUGCAUCACGGCUUUUUGCCACCACUGAGGCCACUUGAGUCUAGAGCCACCCCAAGAUUUGAAACCGGCUACCCAAGUCAGCCUAUAUACAUUGAGGAUGAUAAUUCAAAGAUGUUGUGGCCUGGUAGUUUUCAUCAGCUAUCUACUGAAAAUAUUUCUCAGCCAUUAUUUUUACAGGUUGGAUCUUCAAAUGUGAAUUUUGUCGAGACUAAUAUAUCUUUGGACGGAGAUGAAUCUACGCCAGAUCUCACACUCCGACUUUGAGAUGUUUGCUCGACUUAAAUGGCUUCAUUGGAUAGUAUGCUAGACUGAAAUGGCUUCAUUGUGUAGAAAUAUUAUCCGUCUACAGCUAGAAAAGAAUUGACAAAGCAGUAAGUAUGCUUUUAAGUCAAUCUGAAGGUGGUGUCUAACUUCACAACCCAUGAAUAUAAGAGAACUUCGGAAGAUGAUUUGAGCAUCUUCACAAGCGUAGAUCAUCUGUAUCAUUAUCAAUCCCUGAUAAUUGCUUUAUAUACAAUUAUCAGAUUUAUGCAUUGGAUUGUAGAUUUUUGUAAUUUGGAUGGAUAGUUUCUACUC